AACAGCAAACAUAAGAACGGAGAAAUUAUGGUUUCCUAGGACUCUCUCCUCCCUCCACUUUCUCUCUUCACCAAUCCAUAUCCCCCCGAAUUAGAGGCGGGUUCAGCAAGAUUAGGCUGCAGGAAACACAGAGGCUCCGCAGCGCUGCCGCCGGGGCCUCGUGAUGUAAUUGUUAUUUCUUAUUCCGAGACUGAGCCGAAGCAGCUGCCAAAGCGGGGGCAGCCGUGCCUCUAGCCGCGUCCUUAGGGUCAAAUUCUUCCCGGGAUGAGAGGUUCGCGGACGGACUCCGCGGGAGACUUCGCCGAGACAAAGCCGCCGGAGCGCGGGGCUCCCCGGCGGUCUCCCUCCACGAUGCCACCUGGAGUCCCUCCACGUUUAUUCCUGGGCGCCUACUACGUGCUGGGCGUGGGGUCCGAGUGACCUGGAGUUAGUGCCCGUCCCCAAGAUUAAAGCAGGACUCGCAGAUUACCAGGAGGAGGAAGUCGGGGAAUUGUUUGGAUUGUGAGCUAUUUCAGAAUUCUGUUCUCAGGACCCAUUAUUUUAACAUUUGAGAGAAACACUUCCAGAAGGAUUACCUGAAGGAUAAAGAAGAGCAUCUCAGACCAAUGAGACUAAAGGAGGAGCAGGGAAUCUGAAGACUCCAGAUGACAUCAGAAUUACUUUUCAACAGCCUUCUCAGUUUCCUUUCUCAGAAAGCAGAGACUCAAACCUUGGAGACAGAUGAACACUGAUAUUUGCAUUUAAUGAACAAAAGAUGAAAAAGGAGACUCAAGAUAUUCACCAAGGAUUAUAUCUGCUUGCUGCUGCAGACCUAUGUAUUAAGGAAUUCUGCUUUUUCUUACUUAGGAGUUGAUCAGCUCUGUGUCAGACUGCAUUGGAGUUUGUUUGCCUCUUAUCUUGUCAUUGCCAGAAGAAAUCCUGUUCAGUAUGUAACCGUACAUCACUGUCUAAUUGCUAUGGAAGAUGAUAAACUGACACUCACUUAUUAAAGCUAUAUCUCACUCACCCACAGAAAACCAUUCUUUAAAGUGAACAGAAACCUAGCCCUCGUGACACUUCUAUUGAACAUGACUCAUGGAGAAGAGCUUGUCUCCGAUGUGCACCAGGAUUCUGUUGUUUUAACUUACCUAGAAGGAUUACUAAUGCAUCAGGCAGCAGAGGGAUCAGGUACUGCCGUCGACAAAAAGUCUGCUGGGCAUAAUGAAGAUCAGGACUUUAACAUUUCUGGUCAUGCAUUUCCUUCCUGUCAGAGUAAUGGUCCAGUUCUCAAUACACAUACAUAUCAGGGAUCUGGCAUGCUACAUCUCAAAAAAGCCAGACUGUUGCAGUCUUCUGAGGACUGGAAUGCUGCAAAGCGGAAGAGACUGUCUGAUUCCAUCGUAAAUUUAAACGUAAAGAAGGAAGCUUUGCUGGCUGGCGUGGUUGACAGUGUGCCUAAAGGCAAACAGGAUAGCACAUUACUGGCCUCUUUGCUUCAGUCGUUCAGCUCUAGGCUGCAGACUGUUGCUCUGUCACAACAAAUUAGGCAGAGCCUCAAGGAGCAAGGAUAUGCCCUCAGUCAUGAUUCUUUAAAAGUAGAGAAAGAUUUAAGGUGCUAUGGUGUUGCAUCAAGUCACUUAAAAACUUUGUUGAAAAAGAGUAAAGCUAAGGAUCAAAAGCCUGAUACCAAUCUUCCUGACGUAACUAAAAACCUCAUCCGAGACAGGUUUGUAGAGUCACCUCAUCGCGUUGGACAAAGUGGUACAAAGGUCAUGAGUGAACCCUUGUCAUGUGCUGCAAGAUUACAGGCUGUUGCAAGCAUGGUGGAAAAAAGGGCUAGUCCUGCCACUUCACCCAAACCUAGUGUUGCUUGUAGUCAGUUAGCAUUACUCCUUUCAAGUGAAGCCCAUUUACAGCAGUAUUCUCGGGAACAUGCUUUAAAAACACAAAAUGCAAAUCAAGUGGCAAGUGAAAGACUUGCUGCUAUGGCCAGAUUACAAGAAAAUGGCCAGAAGGAUGUCAGCAGUUUCCAUCUCUCAAAAGGAAUGUCAAGCCAUCUUAAUGGUCAAGCAAGAACAUCAUCGAGCACACUAAUGACUAGCAAAAGUACAACAUUUCAAAAUCCAAUGGGUAUCGUUCCUUCUUCCCUAAAAAAUGCAGGCUAUAAGAACUCACAGGAAAGAAACAACAUAAAACAAGCUGCAAAUAAUAGUUUGCUUUUACAUCUUCUUAAAAGCCAGACCAUAACCGCACCUAUGAAUGGACACAAUCAUAGUGAGAGAGGAAGCAUUUUUGAGGAUAGUAGUACACCUACAACUAUUGAUGAAUACUCGGAUAAUAACCCUAGUUUUACAGAUGAUAGCAGUGGUGAUGAAAGUUCUUAUUCCAACUGUGUUCCCAUAGACUUGUCUUGCAAACACAGAGUUGAAAAACAAGAACCUGACCAAUCUAUUUCUCUGGAUAACUUAACACAAUCCUUGCUGAACACUUGGGAUCCAAAAGUCCCCAACGUAGAUAUUAAAGAAGAUCAAGAUACCUCAAAGAAUUCUAAGCUAAAUUCACACCAGAAAGUAACACUUCUUCAAUUGCUACUCGGCCAUAAGAAUGAAGAAAAUGUGGAAAGAAACAACAGCCCUCAGGAAGUACAGAGUGAUGUGACAAAAUUCAAUAAACAGAUGUAUGCGAGGACUUCUGUAAUAGAAAGCCCCAGCACACAUAGGACUACUCCUGUGAGCACUCCUCCAUUACUUGCAUCUACCAAAGCAGAGUCUCCCAUCAAUCUCUCCCAGCACUCUCUGGUUAUCAAAUGGAACUCCCCACCAUACGCCUGCAGCACUCAGUCUGAAAAACCAACAAACACCACAUCUAACCACUUGAUGGAUCUUACAAAGAGCAAAGAGUCGCAAGGAGAGAAACCAGUCCGUAAUGAAAGUACACAGAACUCUGCGACUUUCAGUGCCAGUAAACUGUUACAAAAUUUAGCGCAGUGCGGAAUGCAGUCUUCCACUUCAGGAGAGGAGCAGAGACCCAGUAAACAGCUGAGUGUAAACACAGAUAAACCCAUAGCUAUGAUCGAUAGACUAAGUAGCCCUCUGCUCUCAAAUAAAACAAAUGCAGUUGAAGAAAGUAAAGUCUUCAAUAGUCAGGCAACAGGUUCUGAACCAAGACUUUCUGGUUCUGAAAUAGAAAAUCUGCUUGAAAGGCGCACUGUUCUCCAGUUGCUCCUGGGAAACCCCAACAAAGGGAAGAGUGAAAAGAAAGAGAAAAUUCCUUUGAGAGAGGAAAGUACUCAGGAACAUACAGAUAGAGCUUUAAGUGAACAAAUAUUGAUGGUAAAAAUAAAAUCUGAGCCUUGUGAUGACUUACAUAUUCAUAAUACAGAUGUGCACUUGAGCCAUGAUGCUGAGUGUGCCCCAUUCUUAGAUAUGGCUCCCCCCAUACAGAGAAGUGCAGCUGCCUUACCAGCUUCCGAGGACUUGAAAUCGGAGCCCCUUUCACCUCAGGAUUUUUCUUUCUCAAAGAAUGGUCUGUUAAGUCGACUGCUGAGACAAAAUCAAGAGAGUUACCUGCCCGAUGAUCUGGACAACAGUCACAGACAUAGUGAACUGACACUUCUAGAAUCAAAGAAUCUUUGCAUGGUCCCUAAAAAAAGGAAGCUUUAUACUGAGCCAUUAGAAAAUCCAUUUAAAAAGAUGAAAAAUAGCAUCCUCGAUGCUGCAAACAGUCACAGUGCCCCAGAGGUGCUGUAUGGGUCCUUGAUUAACCAGCAAGAGCUGAAAUUUAGCAGAAAUGAUCUUGAAUUUAAAUAUCCUGCCAGUCAUGGUUCAGCCAGUGAAAGUGAACAUAGGAGUUGGGCGAGAGAGAGCAAAAGCUUUAAUGUUCUGAAACAGCUGCUUCUCUCAGAAAACUGCAUGAGAGAUUUGUCCCAGCACAGGAGUAACUCUGUCGUUGAGAGUAAAAAGAAAGGACACAAAAAUAAUGUGACCAAUAGCAAACCUGAAUUCAGCAUUUCUUCUUUAAAUGGACUGAUGUACAGUUCUUCUCAGCCCAGCAGUUCCAUGGAUAACAGGACAUUUCCAUACCCAGGAGUAGUAAAAACUCCCAUGAGUCCUCCUUUUCCUGACCGCUUGGGCUGUGUGGGGUCUAGACCAGAAUCUGGAUUUUCUAAUGGGUGUUCCAUGACCAGUGACAAGGGACCCAUUAAGUGGGUUAUCACAGACAUGGAUAAGAAUGAGUAUGAAAAAGACUCUCCAAGACUGACCAAAACUAACCCAAUACUGUAUUACAUGCUCCAGAAAGGAGGCAAUUCUGUUACCAGUCGAGAAACACAGGACAAGGACAUUUGGAGGGAGCCUUCAUCUGCUGGAAAUGUCUCACAGGUUACAAUCAAAGAAGAGUUACUUCCUGCUGCAGAAACUGAAGCUUCUUUCUUAAAUUUAAGAAGCCCUUAUAAUAGCCAUAUGAGAAACAAUGCCUCUUGCCCACACAACGCAAAUGGAGAAGUUUAUGGACUUCUGGGAAACGUGCUAACGAUAAAAAAAGAAUCAGAAUAAAAUUUACUCUGCUAUUUAGCUUUGGAUCUUUUUAAAACUAAUUAGUUGAACUUGAGAUCUGUAUAAAUAAGAGCAUGAUUUGAGAAAAGCAUGGUAUAAUUGAAACUUUUUUCAUUUUGAAGAGUAUUGGUUACUGGUAAUGUUUAAAUAUGCACACUGCUUUUUGCUUUACGUUAGUUCAUGAGGAAACUACUGAACUACUGGUUGUUUAACACUUCUGUAUGCAUCAGAUAACUGUGAGUAGCCUAUGAAUGAAAUCUUUAUGAUCACAGAUAAUAGGCAUAAAUUAAAAUGUAAAUUUCCAUCCAUGGUGGAUAAAUGCAUUUUGUUGCCUUUAAGAGGGUACUCUAUUUUGAUUUCAGAAGUCAGCCUACAUAACAUUUUUUUAAAGUCCAAAUUGUUAAAUAACUCUUUAAAAGGUAAUUAUUGAAUAAAAAACUUAAUGCUGAUUCACUUUUCAUUAUCCAAUUCAAAAAUAAAUUAGAAAAAAAAUGUGCUUACAUUUUUCACUUUUGCUAAAAAAAAACACAACAUUUAUUUUUAACUCUUGGAAAGGGUUUUGUGGUUUCCAGUGUGUCUCCCCCACCCCAGUCCUUUUCAAUAUAUAUUUCUUUAAACCUUGUACUAAUUAGUAAAAAUUGAUUACAAUUGAUGGAAGUUUGAUAGAUCCUUAAAAAAAAGCAGAUUUCCAUUUUUAUAUUUUAACUACUGUAUUACUAUUCCUCCUUUUACAUAAUUAGGCAAGUUAACAUUUAUCUUCAGGUGGUUUCCUGAAUAGCUGAAUAUUUAAGAAGUUUUUAACAGAAGCAAAAUGGCUUUUCUUUGGACAGAUUUCACCAUGUCUAGUAAAAGUUACUUCUCACCAUUACUAUGGUACCUGUGAGUCUUAUGACCGGGAUUUCUUAAAGCUGCACUCAGACCACCUGCAUUAGAAUCAUUUCUGGAGUACUUGUUUUAAAAUGCAUAUUCCUAGGUAGCACCUCAGAUCUACAGAACAAGAAUCUCUGCUAACUGCACCUGGGAGUCUUCCAUCUGCAUCUGAACACAUUUAAGAGGAAACCCCCUAUGUGUUUCUUCUAUACAUUGAAGUUUGAGAACCAUUGUUUAUAACCUUUCUCAUAACACAGGACUGUAAAAAAAAAAACCCCACUAUUUGAUGCCUAUAUUUUCCCCAAUAGUCACACAUCAAUGAAAUAUUUGCAAUAUUGUAGUUCAUAUAUUACUGUUAUAUCUUUGGAAAUCAGGUUCAGAACACUUUUUAUGACAAAAAAAAAUAAUGGGUGGAGGGGACAACUUUCAUAUCUGGCUGAACAUCUCAGGAAAAUCUGUGAUUAUGUGUUCUAAUGAGUAACAUCUACUUAAUUAAUUAGCCUUAGGGAUGGAAUAACAGGGCCACUUACCAAACUCAGGUGAUUCUAGGAUGGUUUAGAAACUUCUCCUGAAUACAUCCUUAACUUCUAUUAUAAUCAUUGUCCUAACAACAGUAUUGACAAAGAUGGAAACAUUUAUUUCAAACCAAGAAAGGCCCUAGACUCAGAUCAACUAAACAGAAAAGUACAAAGGGCACAUAUACAUGACAGAGUAGAAUUCUACACAGUCACUCCGUUGAUCUAUUUUAAAAUAGUGGUUAAAAGUGAACAUCGAUACUGUCUCGGAAGAACUUAAUACAUUAUUGGGCCACCUGGGGUUUUGAUCUUGAAACAAGUCAUGUUUUUAAGUUCACUUUUUACAAUUCACAAUACACUCACCAGAUUUUUUUUAAAUUGUGAACCAGAUUACCUAACUGAUGAAUCAAAAAUUGUUAUAUUAUCAACUAUUAAUAAGAAGGAAAUCUAUUUGAAGUUGUUCUACUUGAAGUUGUUUCUAAGACUUUUAUAUUAAAUAUGGGCGUUAUUUCCUAAUAUGAUCAAAACCCAUAAAUAAUUAUUUUUUUUUCUCAGAAUGAUUUGUAAAUAGUUACUGAGUAUAUUAUAAAUAAUAAUCAGGAGUGAAUAUUAUGCUACAUCCUGGAGAGAAGAAAGUCAUAUGCUUAUUCUGAAAUGAAAAUUCCACUGCUCAGUGCAUAUAUUCUACUCCAUCCCAUAUUUGCUCUGGCAAUUGUAUUGUCUACACUAUAUAAAGAAGCUUUUAAACAAGUCAUUUUUUUCUGCCAUUAUGAAAUAUCUAGAAUCUUGGAGGCAUGCUAGAAAAAAAAUGGGCUUUUACAAAAGCGAUAAACUUAGGUCAGGGAGAAGAACAUCAAGGGCCAGCAUUAAGCAUUACUAUUUUUGUAUGUUUCUUUGGUUGGUUGGUUGUUAUUGUUAACAGUUGAAGGAAUAUGGAUAUGUAAUACAUAAAUAAACAUGACCACACA